AGGGUUGGCUAAAUGGAAAGAGCCAAACAUCUCUGGGUUUUGCAUUUUGAAAGAAUGGUUGCCUCAACCUCCGCUCAAACAUUAAGAAUCUUGUGGAAAUUUGGAUCCAUCCACUUAUCUCAUUUGGACAUUGGGUACGUUGAUAGACACUUUGCUGCGGCAUUUGAAAAUGAAUUAGGACCUACGUGGUCGUUGGUGGACAACAAUGGUCACACACAUGUGGUGACUUAUAACAUGGAUACCAUCAAUCCUAGAAUAACUAAUGGCUGGGGUGAAAUGAGAAACAUAUACCCUCAAAGGUUGAACGAUUCCCACAUAAGCUUCGAGUAUGUGGGUAAUAAUAGUUUUCAUAUCACCAUAUAUUUUGGUGCUUGCUCCCAAGAGAGUAGGGAGUCUUUCAUUUAUGAUUCUACCAAUUAUCCUGAUACGUCAUUGUUUGCGGUGAAGUUGACAAAAUCACAAUCACAGGGAAGUCAUUUGGACUUGCAAAGUGAAUUUGGGAAUCUUAUCAAGAGCAAAGGCUUGACACAAGUUAUGCUCCUUGGACAGAAGGACGUCAUCAUGUGUAGUGUUUUGGUUUCUGUCACUCGCAAUUCAACAAAGUUUGGCAAAGGAUGGAAGGAAUUUUGCACGGAAUAUGGGUUGAAGGAGGGAGACGUCCUGCUGUUUGAGGUUAACAAUCUUGGAAAUGACAUUAUAGUUGAAGUUUAUAUUAAUGGAUGUCCCUGUACUCUUAUACAUCCAAUCUCAGUCUAA